AUGAUUUUUAUACCAAUCAUUACCUAUGCCAGCGGCACCUGGGGCCACGCUAUCCACCAUUCCCAUAAUAAACGCAGGCUUCUUUCUGCUCAGCGGCGGGCACUUCUCUACAUUGCAAAAGCCUACUCUACAGCCCCCACAAGCAGCCUCCAGGUCAUCACAAGAAAACCACCCAUCGAUCUGUAUAUUACUCUCUGUACUAAGAAAUGGAAAAUUAAGCACAAAGAAGAAAUCACCAUCAACUCCAACUGUAUAAAUCCCAUGGACAUUGAGCAAAACAUCCCGUACUCUAAGACUAUUGAUUUUAGCCAAAUAAUUAACCUCAACGACGACAUUCCUCAUUCAGCUAUUACUAUCUAUACUGAUGGAUCUAAGGCUGAUGACAGGGUGGGCUGCAGCUUUGUUGUAUACACAAAUAGUGAGGAAUCUUACCACAAAAAAUUCAGGCUAGCAAACCAUUGCAGCAUUAUUCAAGCCGAACUUCUCGCAAUCCUCGAGGAUUUUACUUGGUGCUCAGAGCUCCACAGUCACACUGACAUCCACAUUAUUACAGACAGCACUGCUGCCAUUCAGAUCAUCAGGAACAACAACACCCACCCAACUGCCAACAAAAUUAAGAAAAUCCUCCUGCGUUCAAGUAAUAACUAUUAUCUGACCUGGACUAAGGCACACCAAGGCACCAGAAGAAACGAAUGGGCAGACACUUUGGCUAAGGAAGCCACCACUGACGACAGUCUUCCUAUACAGUACAAUGCUAUUCCCUUCUCACAUAUUUGCAAAACCCUCUGGGAAGAGCUGCAAAUCAACUGGCAAACUGCUUGGGACAAAGAUCAUAAUAUUACCACCUAUGCCUACCUUCCCAACAUCAAGCACAGGAAUGACCUAAUAUGGCUAAAUCCUAGUCAUAACCUUACCCAAUUCUUGACCAACCACGGCCGCUUCAACAGCUACCUCAAUCGUUUCGGUUUCCAGGACAACAACCUGUGUGCUUACUGUGGUGUCUGA